AUGCCUCCCGACGGCUCUUCAUUCACACCCCUGAAUCUCCCAUCUACAUUCUCGCUCCCGCAAUGCAUGGAAUACUUCUCUCUCACAGCCGGCCCCAACACCAACCUCUGGCGCAAACCUCCCACAGGCGACAUUGCAACCGCGCCCAUCGUCUUCACCUCCCUCAGGAAUUCGUUCGUCGUCGCCGAAGUCACCGUCAGCGCUGACAUGGAGAUGGAAUGGGAUCAAGGCGGCCUAGUUAUCUUCACCGGCGCUACUCCGGAAUCGCUAUCCCUUUCUUCUCCGGCUGGCCGUCGGACGGCGCCAGCAAUGCGACCACGUCUCGAACCCGCCCGGACGUGUAAAUGGGUUAAAGCCGGGAUAGAAUUCUGCUCGGGGGCUGUCCAUGCUUCAUCGGUCAGCGCUACAGCCGAUGGCGCAGAUUGGUGUCUAGCCCCGUUGGAUCUACCUGAGGGCGCGACAACACCGGCCCUUCACUCGCUGCGCAUCAAGUUAGAGCGCAUCGGCCACUCGCUCUGGAUUUGGUACCAGGUACCCUCAGUAUCACCGUAUGCGCACACACCGGGAGCUGCGUCUGGGACGUGGAAAAAACUACGCGAAGUGACCUGGUUCUUCUACGGGGUGGAGGACAAGUUCGUGCACGUCGGGGUGUAUGCUAGUCGGCCCAAUAGCUCCCCGAAUGAUACUGCCUGGUUUGGGUCUGGACUGGGGAGGUCUUCGGAUGGGCUAAUGGUGGAAUUUGAGGAUCUGGAAAUUUUCUAG